UACACUCUAAUAUACAAAAUUUAUGUUCAAACACUUAAAGAUGAACUUUGCAAACGUGCAAAUAAAGCUGUGCAAAUUAAGAAUUUCAAUUAUAUAAUUCAAGUAAACAACAUUCAUGAAUAUGUGCGUUUGUAAAAUUGUUAAGCCUGUACAUCUUCAGUAGUGACCUGAUAAGAUUAGAUGUCAGGGUUAAAAAAUAGGACGACGUAUCUGUAGUAAAGAAUACUGAAUGUUUAUAAUUUAAAUUUGACAUAUCUUGUUAAGUCUAUAGGAUUACCGGAAAGGAGAAAACGAUGUCAAGUUUGUUGGGUCGGAAGGGGACGAAAGUGACCAACAUACUUCUACCUGAAUAUGAUUAUAUUGUGGUUGGCGCGGGGUCCGCUGGGGCGGUGGUGGCUGCCCGCCUCUCGGAGGACGCCGGAAGUAGCAUCUUAUUGCUGGAGGCCGGCGGCGACGACUACGGCGACAAGAUGGUGGCUGUCCCUUUGAUGUAUGGGGCCCUUCAGCGCACCCAUCGGGACUGGAUGCUGUCAGUUGAGCCACAAAAACACGCCCUGAAAGCGUUCAAGGGAAACCGAAAUUACUAUCCGAGAGGGAAGAUGCUUGGAGGAAGCAGUAACCUGAACGCGAUGAUCUACGUGAGGGGGUGUCGCCUGGACUUUGACAGGUGGGCGGAGCUAGGCUGCGAGGGAUGGAGCUACGAAGACGUCCUGCCCUACUUCCUGAAGUCAGAGGCGUUCGUUGACAUUAACAAUGGGGACUCAAUCGUGGAGAAAGACUACCACAACACGCGCGGUCCACAGGAAGUGACUCGGUUCAGCCCGUCCUCACUGUCCCGGGUGUUCCGCUCCGCCGGUGAGGAGCUUGGGUACAAAACCGUGGAUUACAACGGCCGCGAAAUGAUAGGGGUUUCGCCGUCAUUCACGAAUGUGACCAAGAAUGGGCUGCGUGCGAGCACUUCUCGUGCCUUUCUGCGGCCAGCAAUGGACCGUCCCAAUCUGCACAUAUCCAUACACUCGCACGUGGAGAAGGUACUCAUUGAAGGCAGUCGUGCUGUUGGUGUUUUGGUAAAGAAGGAUGGACGGGAAGUCACCGUCCGAUGCCGUAAGGAAGUAGUUAUCUGCGCAGGCGCCAUCAUGAGUCCGCAGAUCCUGCUGUUGUCAGGCAUAGGACCUAGGCAACACCUCGAUGAAGCCAAGAUCCCGGUGCUGAAGGAACUUCCGGUGGGCGAGAAUCUGCAGGACCACCUGUUCGUACCCGUGACAUCUCCGGUCACGAGUACCGACUUGCUCGCUAGGAGCACGUUGCUUAACCCCCUUAAUAUCCUGAAAUAUCUGUGGUCUGGCGGAGGUUGGCUGCGGGUCUCCCCUAUAACGGAACUGGCGUUCUUCCGGUUAGGCUCGGCCACGCCGCCGGGGAUGCCGGAUAUUCAAUUCCACGUGGUUCCGUCGGCUCAGGAAAAGGGAGUCAGAGAUAGAACUGAGAAAAUGUUUGAUUACAAGGAUGAGAUAUUUACUGACUAUCUGGCAUCGGGGGCGAAGAUCUUCGGCUCCAGACAGGGGUUCUCUAUUUCCGUGACUCUGCUGCAUCCCAAGAGUACCGGAACUGUCCGUCUUAACGUAGUGGACCCCAAAGGACCGCCCCUUGUAGACCCGAACUUUCUGGCUCGUCAGGAAGACGUGGAUAUAUUUGUUAAAGGCAUACGCGAAGCCCAACGUUUUCUGGACACCAAAGCCAUGAAAGCCAUCGGUGCGGAAUCCAGAAAUAUCGAGAGGGCCUACAAACCCAUCUUGUGGCAGCAUGCUUACGACUCGGACGGUUACUAUGGGGAAUACGUACGUCACUUCGCUCACAAUGUGUACCAUCCGACGUCAACGUGUAAAAUGGGUGCCAUCGAUGACCCUACCACCGUGGUUGACUCGCAACUAAGAGUUAAAGGGUUCUCCAAUCUCCGCGUAGCGGAUGCGUCCGUCAUUCCGGAAGUGAUAUCGGGAAACACGAACGCCGCCUGUGUGAUGAUCGGAGAAAAGGCGGCCGACCUCAUUCGUGGGAUCGACUCUGUGCGUCAAUUCCGGAAACCACUAUUUUCAAAGCUGUGAUUUAAUGGUUCGUUUUAAAUGUUCCUAUAUUGUUAUAAAAUUGUGUUCCAUUAGCAAAUAUUGUUCGAUUGCGUAGAAUUGUUUAUCGGCGAAUAAAAAACGUUUGGAAUUUCGACGCAUUAGGAAUUAAACCAGGAUUGCAUCAAUCCGCUUGUUGAAUAGACACGUUUCUAAACUACAAACAGUUUUUGACAGCCUGUUUAAUAAACGACACUUCGAUAAUUAUUCGAGUCUUAUAUGAUUGUAUUCAUAUAUAUGCAAAUAAUAUAGGAAUGCUAUUUUACUAUUGUUAUUGUUGGCGUCGGUUAUGAUAUUGCUUCUUUGUUGAAUAGGUUUCAUAACUUAUUCUUGCCCGUCGUCUAAACAAAGAUCAACAAGUGUCGGUAAUAAUGGAGCGCAGUUCGUAAAAUUGUAACUACCGGUAGGCUUGUUUAUUUUUAGGUGUAUUUGUUGCGCCAUUUCAAUCCGCAGUCGUUUAGUGUGGGUUAUGAAAGUGCACAGUAUGUAAAGGGGCAUGUCUAGGGUUGCGAAGGUAAAAUAGUUUUAUAAAUAACAUUGUAACCGUUCGCUUAAAAAGUUGAUGUUUUUGAUUAAAUCAUUUCUUAAUACACGUGUCACGUUUUUAUAAACGCUCAAUAAAAUUUCGUUGUUAAAAAGGGCUUGAGUUUUAAUCCCAGUAUAUCGGAUUAUUUGUAUGGUUUAUUAUUUUUUUGUUGCGGGGGGGGGGGGGGUGGGUCGGUAUAGGUUCUUUAAAUUAUUCUUCAAUAUAAUAUAAGAUAAAUAUCUACCUGAAUUUCUAAUGUUUAUAUAAGUGUCUAUAUUAUAAUGUAAACCUGUUCAAAUGCACAUUAAAUAGACUGCAUAAUUAGCAAUAUUUUGGAAAACACCAUUAUCCGUGGGUAUACACAGUUAAUUAUUGAACUGAAAUAUCUUGAUUUAUGACAUGAUUAUGGCGUAAUGUUAUCCAUUUUAGUUAUAAAAAGGUGUAAACAGAAUCGUUUUUAACAUAAAGAUUAUAUUAUUCGUCUAUGAUAUUGUAUACCUAUGCAUAUUUUGAAUAAAACAAGAUGUAAUUGAA